AUGGAAGACCCUAUCGCCUGGGAGGUUUAUGCAUCUCAAAAGCAACAGGGCCGGAGCGGCUGGAGAUCCAUCGCGGCUACUCUCGGACGCCAGCUGUCCACUACGCCCGAGCAUCUGUCCAGGGUCUUGUAUAUUCCCCGCCAUGACGGUACGACCUCGCAUUUGCCGCUUUACGAUAUCAGCUCCCGGUAUUUUGAGGCGAUUGGGGAUGCACCCAUCGGGUCGAGCAAGUACACCGUUUCCCUGGGGAUGAUGAAGCGGCCGAAGGGUGACGGUACGGAUCACAUCCCCGUGGCGUAUAUCGUCAACUUUACCGCAGGGGACAAGGACAAGGUCGUCGGGACGGUGGAGUAUCGUGUUCAACCGGAUUCGACAGUGGCGGAUAAUGCCGAGGUGGAGAUGACAAUCGGCAAAACCGAGGAAGAAGCUUGCUCGAUCAAAGUAAACGGGAACAGUGCUCAGCCAAUUGACCCGGUCACAGUCGGCAUCUCGUAUCCCAUUCCGCCAUCCGAGACCAAAGUCGGGAAAGUCAAGCACCCCUACUUUCAUUUCCGGCUGCCUUUCGAGUCAAAGAUGACCCAGUUCGACUGGCAAGUCCAUCCAGUCGAGCAUGGCCCGCUGCGGUAUACCCUGGUUCGCCUGCCGGAGGAAACCGCGGAUGAGAGCAGCACUGAGCCCAAGGCUGAGAUACAUGCAAUCUACCACCACAUCGGACUGGGCGUGUCGAUGUCCGUGUCGCAUAGUGAAGGUGUGCUUCUACUCCCGCCAUGCGCAGAUCCCAAGUCCGAGGCGAUGAUUGUAGCGAGUGUGCUGGGGAUGCUCUGGCGGCUGCGUGGCCUGGAUGGAGGGAAAGGCACCAAAGAAGCCGAGAAGACGACCAAGAAACACCGAUUUGGGUCGGUCAAGAAGAUACUCAAUGGGGGAAGUUGA